CUUCUAAAAAUCCAUCCAUCAUUAUAUUCUAUCUAAUUUCUCGCGCACAAUUUGUUUCAACCCAUUAACCUAUCAAAAUAUGAUCCCCAAUCGCAUUAUGUACACUUGCGAAUAUUUAAGAUGUGGAUUUGCGAAUUUCCACAAAAUCUAAAAAAAGCAUCAUACUGGGUGGCGACGUGCUUUAAAACGUAUUCCUAUACAUCAAAUGGUUGCUCCUGAGAUUAUGAGCACAAACUGUCACUCUCUGUCAGGUGAAAUUAACUAUCCGAAAUCCUUCGUACCCUCCAAUGUAUACCGCAAUACAGGGACUACAACUCUUCAAGAAACCUGCCCGCAUGACCUAUAUGAUGAUUAUUUGGUCUGUCUUAGUGGUUUCGGAUUAUUCAGACAAGAUUGGUGUAGCUCUGAGAAGAAAUGGAGCAAUGGAGUUGCAACCUUCAUCAAUUCUCAGUGGUGUACUUCUAAUACUGUAUGUUUUAGAUACUCUAGCGACAAAAUUGACAGCCUCACUUUUAAAUGUCGACCAAAACGUCUGUCCGAAAUAACUACUUUUUUCUAACAUUUAUAUUGCACCUGGAUGUAGUCUGUCAGAGCUAUCCUUAUUUGCUGAUGAAUUUACUUCCUUCCCUUGGAAACUCCUUGUCAGUAGUUGCUGGUGACUUCACUUCUUGUGACUUCAGUUACCCUACAUCAUUAGGUCAUGAAAAUAUUGUCAACUUCUCAACACGACUGGAAAAUACUCCUGAUCUAGUGUUUACAAGCGACUGGCAUAUUUUAAACUCGGAAGAGAGCCCCACUACUUAAUUCUAAUCGUUGUAUCAUACAAAUAUUGCCCAAA